GUUUUUAGGCUACCCAGAAGAUACUUGAUCAAAAAUCGGAAGUCGUGAGCUGCUUGAGUCAUAUGUAAAAGAAUCGUUUCUAGCCAUUCCCAAAUGAAUGGCGAUCAGAGAACUUUCCUCACUCUCGCUGUAUGAGAUAUAUGACGACAUUGACAUAGUUCAGCGAAUUAAAAGACAGACGAAAACACUCCAGCUUUGAAAGUAUUCGACGCAGUACCCGGCGGGGGAAGCAGAGGAAGAGGAAGACCUCCACUUCGUUGGAAGGACCAGGUGGAAAAGGACCUGGCCCUGCUUGGAAUAUCCAAUUGGCGCCCGUAGCGAAAAGAAGAAACGAUCGGCGCGCUGUUGUUAACUCGGCUAUAACCGCGUAAGCGGUGUCUACGCCAAUCAAGAAGACAAGAAGCAUUAAGUGCGUUUCUUAAGUCAUAUAAUAAAGAUAAUGUGUAUAUAGAUAAUAUACGUAUCUUCUAAGGCUUAACAUAUUUUAGUACAAAAUAAAAUAUAAAUACAUUUGAGUCUUAAACGAUCGUUAGACACUCAAGUAUAUUCUCUCUAGUAGAUAGUAGGUGCAAUAGGAAACUAGAAAGCUGCUACUUACAAGCAACCAACUCAGUUCAUUUAAUAUAGUGAGUUCGAAUAGAUCACCAUGAGUUUAGCGGGCAAAGUUGUAAUUGUAACCGGAGCAAGUUCGGGCAUCGGCGCUGCGACAGCGGAGGCUUUUGCCAAAGAGGGUUCCAAAGUAGUGCUCGUAGGACGAAACAUAGCAAAUUUAAAAGCUACUGAAGUUGCUUGCAAAGCUGCCAACAGCAAAGUGGAACUACUACUCAUCACCGCUGAUGUCACAGUGGAUGCGGAACGCAUUGUAAACUCGACAAUUGAAAAAUUCGGGCAGCUGGAUGUGUUGGUGAAUAAUGCCGGUGUGGGUGAAAGGGCUUCAAUCUUAGAUAUUGAAGUCGAGCAAUUUGAUCGCCUUAUGAAUAUUAACUUGCGUUCGGUCUUCCUUCUAACUAAGUUCGCCACACCACAUCUCGUGAAGACCCAAGGUAAUAUCGUGAAUGUCUCCAGCGUCGCAGGAAUGCGUUCACUUGCAGGUAGCGCGGUCUACUGCACUUCCAAAGCUGCCGUUGAUCAAUUCACCAGAUGUAUCGCCUUGGACUUGGCACCGAUGAAUGUGCGUGUCAACGCCGUCAAUCCCGGCGUAAUUAUUACAGAUAUUCAUAGGCGUUCAGGCUUGUCGGAAGCAGAAUAUGCUAAUUUUUUGGAGCAUUCGAAGUCCACACAUGCCUUGGGUCGCGUCGGCUAUGCAAAGGAGGUUGCCGAUGCUAUUAUUUUCCUAGCUAGUGACAGCGCGAGCUUUAUAACAGGCGCAACACUGCCGAUCGAUGGUGGCAGGCAUGCCAUGUGUCCACGUUAAUUGAAAUAAAAUAUUAUUUAUGACAAAUAAUAAGAAUAAAAGUGAAAAUGUUGCAUA